CGACUUCCCUGUCUGUGACUUUUUCAUAUUUUUUAUAAAUUAUUUGAGGGUUAUAUAUUGUUAUUGUUAGUGUUUUCAAAUCUUCCGGGUCGCGAUAGCCAGGGAUAUUGUAGACUAGUACAGUUUAAAGGUAGAUAGCGGAUCAGACGGUGAUUGGCGGGAGAGCCACGGAGACCACGUCUGGUAUUGGGGGGAGACGGCCCCGGAACUCGUCACCAGACAGAUGACGGCCGCGCCUUCCGGAAGCUUCCUUGUCUUCCACGCGGGGGAUGUUGAGUACCACACUCUAGCUGUUAAUGUUGACGGCGAUAUAGUGACAGCGCCCAUUUUGUUCCGGGACGGGCUAGUGGGCUUCACGGAGCCGCUUUCCUUCGAGUCGUUCCAAGACGCCCUGUCUGCGUACAACGAGUCGCAGACCGACACCCACAACACACUCAGGACGCCCCUGCUCAAACCGGACAUCAGUCAACUGCGCGGGCGGCAGUCACAGAAGCGGCCGGUGGAGCUACUGAAGUCUCUGCGCAUACGUCACAGUCUGCUUACCCAGCGGGAGGACGAGUUGGACGCCACUGUUACCAUUAUAGAUAAACUCAACAAGAACAUAGAGGACGAGGGACGGGAGCUGGCGGCGUUUGGCGUGCUGGAGCGAAUCCUGGUGGGACAGGUGGCCAAGACUCGCCGCCUCUCCGAUAGUUCCACAACCAACAUAGAUCUGAUCGACAACAAUAUCCGGCGGAUCGAGGAGCGGCUGACGACUCUGGCGGCAGACAAACAGCGCCUGGAGCGUAGCCGGAAGUCCCUCGAGAUUGAGAGAGCGCAGCACGUCACCAUGUACUCGGAUACCUUCGAUGGGAUACGUAAACUUGAGGCGGAAAUAAACAAGUUUAAAGAGGAUCUGAUUGAAUUUUCUUUGUAUGAGAAUUGUGUGAGCACAAUGAAGCUGUUUAUUGAGCGGUUGAUGUCUCCGGCGGCGGACGCGGCCCCUGAACCACCGGCGGUGUACGAAGGCCUAUGCAGCAAGGCAGCAAACCACGCUCUCAGGGGAUGUCCGGAGGGAACGUUCCUCGUGCGGCGGAAGAGCGACCCCGCCGCGCCCUAUGUCCUGUCCAUCAGCUACAUAGACGAGGACCAAGAGGAACAUGUCGGACAUUUUCCUGUGCUUCGAAUCGAGGGCUGCAUCGGUUUUGACGAGCACACGUGCAUUUUUAAUGAUAUUCAGGACUUAGUCACGUGUUACACUCGGAUACCUUUUGGGUCACAUGACCAAACAUACGGGCACUUGGCGCUGUGCAAGCAAGUGUCUGAGAAAAACAUUGAUGAAGGCAGACAGCAUGGCAAAAGCUUCUUAACACGGCUGAGUGAAUCCAUCAGACGGAAGUGAAUGAUUGUGCUCCGAAAUAUUUGUCUUUAAGUAUAAUAUUAUUGAUGAAAUUGAGAAAAAAAAGCUCAACUACUGAACAAAAUGUAAACUCAAAAAUGAAACAGUUAAUUUUCUUUUCUUAUUUUAUUUUAACUGUCAUUUGUAAAGUUUAGUGUUUUACCAUCUUAAAAUAUAUGAUUAAAUAAACGGC